UCACCAUUGAUAUAUUCUCAGCUCUCGAGCCAAGCGGCAAGUAAGCAAAGCGCACUAGUAAUGGCUCGGCAAUUACAAACCCUAGUAGGCUUGUUCUCCCUUUUGCUCAUUGUCCUGAUGAUCACUGGCUCACAAGCGGGCGUAAUCACGGUGUACUGGGGCCAGAAUGGAGUUGGGGGCCAGAAUGAAAAUGAGGGCAGUUUGGCUGAUACUUGCGCCACAGGCAAUUAUGGUAUUGUGAACAUAGCUUUCCUAUACAAAUUUGGCAAUGGUCAGACCCCCUCGAUCAACCUAGCCAACCACUGUGACCCAACCACUAAUGGGUGCACCGGUUUAAGCAACGACAUCAAAGCUUGCCAAAACCAGGGUAUCAAAGUCAUACUUUCUAUUGGAGGUGCUACUGAUACCUACACACUUUCCUCAGCUGAUGACGCCAGGAGUGUUGCAAACUACUUAUGGAACAAUUUUCUUGGGGGCCAAUCAGACUCCCGUCCAUUAGGUGAUGCGGUCCUAGAUGGCAUUGACUUUGAUAUUGAGGCAGGCACAACCGAGCACUGGGACGAGCUCGCAAAGGCCCUAUCAGAGUUUAGCCAACAGAAAAAGGUCUACUUAACAGCGGCUCCACAGUGUCCUUUUCCAGAUGCUCGGCUAGGAGCUGCGCUAAACACUGGCCUGUUUGACUACGUUUGGGUCCAAUUUUACAACAACGGUCAGUGUGAGUAUUCUGGCAAUGCCGACAACCUUAAGAGUUACUGGAAUGAUAAAUGGACCACUAUUCAAGCUGGUCAAAUAUUUUUGGGGUUACCUGCAUCCCCUGAGGCUGCUGGGAGUGGCUACAUCCCACCGGACGUGCUUAACAAUGACGUGUUACCUUCUAUUAAAGGUUCUCCAAAAUACGGGGGUAUUAUGCUUUGGUCUAAGUAUUUUGACAACGGCUAUAGCUCAGCUGUUAAGCCCAAUGUUUGAGCACUACUUUGCUUCUAACUUUACAUAUUUCACUUUAUGAGAUGUAAUAAUAAAAUAAAGCAUAUUUACAGAAUAAAAAAUUGAGCAAAAAGAUUUAGUA